AUGGGCGAUUCAUCACCGAUCGAGAUCGUUGGAGAUAUGUUUUCGGAGGAUGAAGCCGAAUAUGAUGUCGUAAUUGUUGGGGCUGGCAUCUCCGGACUAACUGCAGCAAAUGAGCUCCGCAAAAGGGCCCCGGACCUCAAAGCAAAAGAUCGAGUCGGCGGCCGAACAUUCACCACCAAAAUACGAUCCGCCGGCGAAAAGCUGGAUGAUUUUGACUUGGGAGGUCAAUGGGUUGGUCGCAGACAGACGCAUAUUCUGGAAGUGUUGCAGGAAUUGGGUCUCGAGACUUACGAACAGUUUGAUGACGGCCUAAAGGUUGCUCAACUCGGAAUCUCGAAGAAACGCGAAUACAGUAGCUCACUACCAUCCAGCAGCCUCCGACACUAUACACUCUUUGAGGUGUUUGAUUUCGUCAGAAGCACAUUGAAAAUUGAUUAUUUGAUGAAGAGAAUCACCCCUUUAAACCUAUUCCAUUGGCACAGAGCCGCCGAAUUGGAUGAGGAAACCGUGUCAAAAUGGGCCAAGCAGAAUAGCUAUACUCGAGCUGUGCAAGAUGCCAUUGAUGUUGCCAUUAGAUCAGUGUAUGGGGUUGAAGCCAACCGGAUGAGCAUGCUUUUCAACGUUUACUACUCACAAACAGCCGGCGGGUUUCUGAAUCUCUGCGAAGUCGUUGGAGAUGGAGCUCAAGCUAUGCGCGUCAAGGGAGGCACUCAACAAAUCUCCACGCGCCUCGCUGAGCCAUUCGUUUCAGAAGACGCGCUUCAGCUAAAUAAAGCCGUUGGCCAGAUCAAAGUCCAUGAGCAAGAACUAACAGCUACCGUCCUUGUCUAUGAUGCGAAGGCCAGAGAUCCCGCUGAGCUAGUCCCUAUCCGAACCCGCCGGGUGAUUCUAGCCGUUCCGCCAUCACUCUGCGGCCGUAUCCGCUUUGAGCCGGAAGUGCCUUCCCUCAAAAAACGGCUAUUCCAAUCCGCAACACCAGGAAAUCUGAUCAAGUUCAUCGCUACGUUCCAGAAGGCGUUCUGGCGAGAAAAAGGCUAUUCCGGGGAGAUCGUGUCAACCGGUCGUACAACCACUCCAGGAGAGGUGCUACCGGUGAUCUCGACCUACGAUGCUUGUACAUCGAAUGGAAGCCCGGCGAUUGUCGGUUUUAUUGCUAUCGAAUAUGCAGAUACGACAAAGGAGGAGCGGUGUAAUGCUGUUAUUAAGGACUUGAUGCGGUUCCUUGGAGAUGAAGCCUUGACCCAAUUUGUCGACUAUGAGGAGAAGCUGUGGUCCCAGGAGCCUUUCAGUGGCGGAUGUCCGGUUGAUUAUAUGCCGCCUGGACAAAUGGACGCAUUCCAGACGAUUCGUGAUCCUUUCCAUACGGUCCACUUCGCCGGUACUGAAUCGGCGACGCAUUGGAUGGGAUAUAUGAGCGGUGCUGUACAGGCUGGGCGGCGUGCUGCUCACGAAGUGCUUCAUAAUCUAGGUCGAGACGCUGUAAUUAAUGGAAACUAUCUGACGGACUCCAUUUACGGCCCGGAGUAUGUGGUUCCAGUUGCUCCCUGCAACGGAUAUAUCGAGCGAAUCUCCCCCUGGUGGCGUCGCAUCUUCUUCUUUUCGGCACUGUGCUUCGGCGUAUUUGCCUAUUCACGUAAAUACAACCUGAGCAUGACCGCCAAAGCUGUUCGCCCCACCGAGCGUGCACUUCUCGGAUGGUUCGGCACGUGGUGGCCG